AUGGCCUCUGUCAAGAAAGCAACUGAGAAGCGGCAUAACCCAGUGCAAAGCAUCUAUAGAAAAAUCCAAGCCAUCCAAAAGAGAGAAGAGAGUACAAGUUCCAUCCAACAGAUUAUCAAAUACCAAUCUAGCAGGUUUGACAGUCCACAGACUAACCCCAAGAAAGACUUUGAAGAGGUACUGAAGAAAAUGACGACUGCUCCCAUUCCUCUGCCCGACCCUCGCUCCUCAAGUCCUGAGGAAGUUGGUGCCUUUACUUCGCAUCCUCAACGAGUGUCUCCAAGAACCCCAUCCAUCUCUCAUCUCAGCUCUCCUGAGAACGCAACAUAUUCUCUUAUCCUCACAAGUUCGGAAAACAUCUCAAGGCCUAGAUCACAGAGCUCCCAGAAUUACACAUCUUUGAUACCACAGAUCAGAAAAAGGGAACUCUUCUCUAACAAGGAUUUGAAAAACUGUUGUAGUGAAAAUGAUUUUAGUGCCUUAACACUUGACUUUGAUUCCACCUCUAAUCAGAGCUCUGAACUUUUUACUCCUCAGGAUUCAGUGGUGAAAAAAUUAUCUCUGGAUGAAGAGGGGUGGAAACAAGGAGCUGAUGAUGUCAAGGAAGAAGUAACCUAUAGCAAUAACAGGACCUGUGAAGAGGAGUUGCUUACAAGUAUUUUUAAUGCAUGUGACACCAAAUGCAGAGGCUCAGUCAGAGUUACCAAAGUAAUAGAUUACUUGAGACAGACAACUAGACAAGGUUCUGAAGAUGGUAGCCUUGAGGAGCUGUGGAACAUGCUUGAUCCUGAAAAGAGAGACAUGCAUGUGAAUCUGGAAACCUUCCAGGCCAUCAUGAGAGAAUGGAUAGCUCACUGCAGAAACAAAUGGGAAGGAGUGAAUAGUGGAUCAAGCAGCAGAGCGGGUAAUUCUGCUUUGGAACAGGACGACAUAAAGUCAGGUGGAGCAAUUAAGAUGACCACAGAUAUAACAGAUUCUUUAUCACGGAGCUUUGAGGCUUUGGGUGGAGACGUGUUUAAAGGAGUCUUAGAGAUGCCUGAUUUGAUUACCUGUGUAGCAGACCUGCAUUUCAACAAGCAGAAAUUGGAGGAGGAAAAUAAUAAGCUUAAAUUGGCAUUAGAAAGCUUGGAAGACGCUAACAGCCAGUUAUCAGAGGACUGUACUGAAUUGCGCCUUCAGUUAAAAAGUGCCCACAAGGCUAUUAUGAGAACAAAUCUGUUAAAAGAAGAACUGGAGGAACUGAAAAUUAGUAUGAACGCUUCAGAAGAGCAGAAGACCAUGAUUGUAGCCCAGAACAAACAAUUAGAGGCAGAAAACCGGGCUCUGAUUCUUAAGAUUCAGAUUCUCCAAGAAGAGAAUGCUAAGAACAUUAUGGAUAUGUAUAAAUUGGAAAACAAGAUUGAGGAAUUGUCUAAAACUGAGAAACAGCAUCAAAUGCUGUUACACACAUAUGAGAACACUUUGCUUAAUAAAGAUGCAAGUUUGCAGAAGAAGGAUUUAAGUAUAGAAGAACUUAAGUCAACCAUCAUAGAAUGUGAAAGCAUUAUAGAGAACUUACGAGGGGAGAAAAACAAACUGGCUCAUGAGUUACAGCACUUGCAACAGGAACUCAUCGUGAAUGGAAUCCAGUUCAGUGUCAGUGGAGAGCAUAAGAGUGUCAACUCUGAAGGAGAAAAAUCUCUACAUUGUGAACUCAUUCUUGCUCAGUCUGCAGAGAACAAUGAAACCAAGUGGCAGUGCAAUUUAAUCAGCUUGUCACCUCUGGACACAAUGAUGGACCAAGAAAUGCUACUGUUACUGAGAGAACUUGAACAAAAGGGAGUGGAGUUCACAGCUAUGCUUCAGAAGCUGCAUGAAGAUGUUUCUGAAGUUGAAACACUCAUUGAUAGUUCUCUACAGUGGGUAACUAAUCCAGAAAUUACUGUGAAAGAAAAGUGGGAGAACAAGCUUACUGAAUUCAAAUAUAUCAAGGAAGAGAAGCUAAAUCUUUGUAUAUUAAUGCUGAACAGCUUGAGAAACCACAAAGAAUCCCUUGAUAAAGAGUUUGCCAAAUUGAUAGAGAUUUUGAAGAGAUUCAGGCUGGAAUAUUUUUAUUUCAGAAAAGAAUUUCUUCCCAGGCAGAAACAACUAGAAGCCAUCACACAACUGCAAGAGGGUGCUGUCAACCAGGAAGCCAUCCUCAGGAAGAAGGUCCAAGAAGCCAGCCAAUGGUUGGAGGGGGCAGCGGAGCAGGUGGAGGAAGGAGAUCAGGCAGCCCACUCUGCCAGGGAAAAAGCUAAGCCUUUGCUGCGUAAAUUAGAGGAAGCAAUUUCGGAUCAACGAAAUCUCCAGACUAUAAAUACUGAGUUAGUGAACACUUGCCAGACACUUGAGCAGAAGACAAGAAAACCGAAAACAACAAUUGAGCCACUAAGAAAGAAGUUAAUUGAAGGACAACUCCAUGGCUUGCUGUUUCAGAGCGGUUUAGAUGAGGAAUUUCCUCACUACGAUCCCUUGUCCUGCACAGAUAGAAUCCAUCAACCUCUCCAGGAACAGUUGAGGCAGUGUUGCCAUAAACGACAUAGUGGUCAAGAAGCAAGAAUACAUCAGCUACCCCUGACCUUCAAACAUACAUGCUGGUACACACCUCUGCUGGAUGCCUUGUAUCUGGAUAGUCUUACAGCAAUUCCAAGACUAGAAUUGACACCUUUCUCAUGUGUAGCCAACCGAAUCCAUGCUUCAUGUGAAAAGCCCAAAUAUGGAGAAGUAGAGGAUGGUGCUUUGGAUGUGACUGAGAGGCACAAGUGUCCAGGUGCUACAGGUGGUCCCCACCCAGGAACAGAUCUUUCAGGUUGCAUCAGGAUGAAUAAUGACCUAAGUAUGGAAGAGAAUGGUGUUGAACGCUUAUAUUCUGAGAGCCUGCCACAGUCCAGGGACUAUUCCACCCUACCAUCUUCUGGACACACUUCAUCCACAGAGAGUACUGUAACUUCAAGUGAUUCUGGAUCAGAAAUUUUGCAUAUGGCUUCUGGUGUCAUUGAUUGUGAGAAAGAGGAGGAUAAAAGGUCAGCUUCUGCUGUGAAGAAGAUCAAAGGUGGAAGUCCAGCUCCUGAAAAUAUUUCACUCCAAGGCUCUGUGAGUGAAGAAAAAAUCAUGUCAAAUCAGGAAGCCAAAGGGGAACCAGAAACAAUAAAUGAGCACAGAAAAGAAUGUGUGGCAGGAGGCGCUGCUGUUUCCUCUCUUCCUGUGAAGUCAGUUAACUUUAGACAAAGUGACAACACUUCUGCUAAUGAGAAGGAGGUGGAGGCCGAAUUUCUCAGGUUAUCUUUGGGAUUUAAAUGCGACUGGUUCACCUUGGAGAAAAGAGUGAAGCUUGAAGAAAGAUCCCGUGACUUGGCAGAAGAAAAUUUGAAGAAAGAAAUUACUAACUGUUUAAAACUGUUAGAGUCUUUAACACCUCUUUGUGAAGAUGACGGCCAAGCUCAGGAAAUCAUUAAGAAGCUGGAGAAGAGUAUAACAUUCCUCAGUCAGUGCACAGCACGAGUGGCCAGUAGGGCUGAGAUGUUGGGAGCCAUUAAUCAGGAAAGCCGGGUUAGUAAAGCCGUCGAAGUGAUGAUUCAGCAUGUAGAAAAUCUGAAGAGAAUGUAUGCCAAAGAACACGCUGAAUUAGAAGAACUAAAACAGGUUCUUUUGCAAAAUGAAAGGACUUUUAACCCUCUUGAAGAUGAAGGUGACUGCCAAAUUAAGAAACGUUCAGCUUCUCUAAACUCUAAGCCAUCUUCUCUUCGAAGAGUGACCAUUGCCUCUUUGCCCAGAAAUAUUGGAAAUGCAGGAAUGGUGGCUGGGAUGGAAAAUAAUGAACGAUUCAGUAGGAGGUCAAGCAGUUGGCGUAUUUUGGGGUCAAAGCAGAGUGAACAUCGUCCCUCAUUACAUCGAUUUAUUAGCACCUAUUCCUGGGCAGAUGCUGAAGAAGAAAAAUGUGAACUAAAAACUAAAGAUGACUCAGAACCACCUGAAGAAGAAACAGUAGAAAGAACAAGAAAGCUAAGUCUUUCUGAAAAGAAAAAUAAUCCAUCAAAAUGGGAUGUCUUUUCAAUUUAUAACACAAUAGCUUCCUGGGCAACAAACCUCAAGACUUCCAUCAGAGAGGCCAAUAAGGCACUCUGGCUUUCUGUCGCGUUCGUUGUACUAUUUGCGGCAUUGAUGAGCUUCUUCACAGGCCGAUUUUUCCAGAAGUCUGUGGAUGCUGCUCCCACACAGGAUGGGGACUCCUGGAUGUCUCUAGAACAUAUCUUGUGGCCAUUUACCAGACUCCAACACAAUGGGCCACCGCCAGUGUGACUGCAGCACAUCCUAAUGUGCUAAUGCUAAUCUUGAUUUUUAAAGUUUCAGUAUCUGAACUUUGUAAAUUAGUAACUUUUAGCUGGGAAAUGAUAGCAUGGAACCAGAGGUUCUCAGAAUGACUGUAAGAUAUUUUAUAUUCCCUCUUUUUGUGAUUACCUUCCUAACUAAAAUACAAUGGGGAGGAAGCCCACCUAUAUGAUUUUUUAAUGAGCUUUUUGAGGAGGAGAUAUUAUUGUUUGUUAAAAUUUAUUGAAAUAAAGAACCAUUCAAAUUUUCAUAUGGUGAAUGUUGGAAGUCUCAGUAGGUCACAUGCAUAAGGAAAAAACCCCUAAUUCUUAGAAAAUAAAAUUUGAGUAUAA